CACGCGAUCAGUUGCCCGUGCUAAGUAAAACGUGCUCGGCAACAAGUUGCUUUUUGUUCUAAGUUAUCCCACAAAGUUCGCGACGCAGGAGGUCUAGAACUACUUGACUGGAACCAAUUCGAAAGAUUUGGACUGUCCAUCUUCAAGUGAUUUUGUGUGCGUUGAAGCUUCGCAGCCAAGUUAGCUUAGCUUAGCUUGCGAACAAAGAACAACGUGAACAUCAAGUUGGAGUCUCCUCAUGUGUGCAAAAUGCGUGCAAGAAGGUCGCCAGCGGCAAAGUUCGAGGCGGAACUUUGUGCCGCAAAAGCUCAGCGUCGACAUCAGCUCUCGACUGCUUGCAAAAUGCAAGUAAAAGUUGUUCUUCGCAGACUAGCAGUUGAAGACGUCCCAUCCAUUUUGAGUGGAAAGACCUCCCAUGCACUUCAAAUGGAUCGGAUGUCAACUGGUUUCAGCAAAUAUCUUGGUCCUGAUGCUCAACAGCUAAAGAGAGAAGUACAACAUCCAAUCAGAAAGGAGGAGGUAGCGCUGCCAUACGUUAAAGAGGAGGAUGAUAUCACCAUGUCGAGUGGUGAGCCCUCGAAUGGCGAGGAUGGUCCGAGUGAAGUUAGCAGAGGGACGGAGCCUCAAAGCGGCAGCAGCAGCUCAACAAAAGGACACAUUUUCAUUGCACCGUCAGAUAGAAAAGGCACCACGUCACAUUCCCCUUACAAAGAUGGUGGUCAGAAGAAAUCUCACGGUGACGGCCAACUCUGCAAAUGCUCUCAGUGUGGGAAAACCUUUCCUAAUAACUAUGCUUGUCGUAAGCAUAUGAGGAGCCACACUGACGAAAAACCUUUUGUCUGCUCAGUUUGUGGUCAAAAAUUCAGUCGAAAGGGUGGCUUAAACGAACACACAAGAACCCACACUGGUGAAAAACCUUUUUCCUGCUCAGUUUGUGGUCAAAAAUUCACUCAGAAGAGAAACUUAAUAAGUCACGCUAGAACCCACACUGGUGAAAAACCUUUUUCCUGCUCAGUUUGUGGAAAAAGAUUCACUCAGAAGGGCACCUUAAACACACACACAAGAACCCACACUGGUGAAAAACCUUUUUCCUGCUCAGUUUGUGGUCACAGUUUCACUAACAAGAGAAACUUAGAAACACACACGAGAACCCACACCGGUGAAAAACCUUUUUCCUGCUCAGUUUGUGGUCAGGGAUUCACUUCAAAGAAAAUGUUAAAAAUACACUCAAUAACCCACACUGGAGAAAAACCUUUUGCCUGCUUAGAUUGUGGUAAAAAAUUCAUUAGCAAACACAUCUUAGAAAGUCACACUAGAACUCACACUGGUGAGAAACCUUUUUCCUGCUCAGUUUGUGGUCAAAGAUUCACUGAAAAACAAAGCUCAAAAAUACACUUGAGAACCCACACCGGUGAAAAACCUUUUUCCUGCUCAAUUUGUGGUCAGGGAUUCACUUCAAAGCAAAGCUUAAAAAGACACUCAAGAACCCACACCGGAGAAAAACCUUUUGCCUGCUCAGAUUGUGGUCAAAAAUUUAGUCGCAAGAACGACUUAAAAAAUCACACUCGAACACACACUGGUGAAAAACCUUUUUCCUGCUCAGUUUGUGAAAAAAGAUUCACUCAGAAGCGCGCCUUAAACACACACACAAGAACCCACACUGGUGAAAAACCUUUUUCCUGCUCAGUUUGUGGUCAAGUAUUCAAAUUCACCACUGCAAAGUACAUACAAGAACCCACCCUGGUGAAAAACCUUUUUCCUGCUCAUUUUGUGGUCAGGGAUUCACUUCAAAGCAAAUCUUAAAAAGACACUCAAGAACCCACACCGGAGAAAAACCUUUUGCCUGCUCAGAUUGUGGUAAAAAAUUCAGUCAAAAGAACGGCUUAAAAAUUCACACUAGAACCCACACCGGAGAAAAACCUUUUGCCUGCUCAG